GCCCCCCCACCCCCCCCCCCUCCGUCACCACAGCCGGCAACGCGCACCCGCCAUGCUGAUCACGGUGUUUUCCGUCGGAGCGGACCUAGGGGAGGCGACGUUCACGCUGGACGUUGGCGGCGACCUGCAGCUUGAUGACUUCAAGGCGCUGUGCGAGGCCGAGAGCGGAAUCCCCAGCAGUCGCAUGCAGGUGCUGCUGGGUGAGAGGGACCUCUCCACCGCCCCUGACGCUGGCUCCACCACCCUCGGCAUCUGCGGCCUCCGUGACGGUGACAUCAUCGUGCUGAGGGAGGGGGCCGGGGCGGGGGCCCCCACCCCGGCCCCCUCCCGGGCCACCGCCCCCGCCCCCAAGGGCCCCUCCCCUCGCGCCGCAGGGGCGGCGCCGGCCGGCGCCUCCGGAAGCGGCCUCCCUCUCAUCGACUUUGGCAGCAUUGUGAUCCCCUCCCACGGUGCCCCCCACCCCCACCCCCACCCCACCACCGUCACCGCACCCCCCACCGCACCCCCCACCGCCGCCGCCGCCUCGUCCGGCUCCUCGCCGGCGUCCACCUCGUCGCGACGUCGUCCCCACUCGUCCACCAACCCCGCCGCCUCCUCAUCCUCCUCCUCCUCCUCAUCAUCCUCCUCCUCCUCCUCCUCGUCGCCACCGCACCGUUCGUCCGGCCCCGCGCAGCCGGCGGUGGGCGGCGGAGGCGGCGGAGGCGGUGGAGGCGGUGGAGGCGGUGGAGGCGGUGGAGGCGGUGGUGGAGGCGGUGGAGGCGGUGGAGGCGGUGGAGGCGGAGGCGGUGGUUCGGUGCAUCCGCUGGAGAGUGACCCACGGGCUCUGCGGGAGAUGCUCCUGAGCAGCCCCCACGACCUAGCGCUGCUCAAGGAGAGGAAUCCGCCACUAGCGGACGCCCUGCUCAGCGGGGAGCUGGAGCGGUUUGCCGCCGUGCUGCGGGAGCAGCGUGAGGAGCGCGGCCGCAGGGAGAGGGAGCGGAUCCUGCUGCUCAACUCGGACCCCUUCGACAUCGACGCCCAGGCUCGCAUCGCCGAGGACAUCCGGCAGCAGAACGUGGAGGAGAACAUGUCCAUCGCCAUGGAGGAGUCCCCGGAGAGCUUUGGCCAGGUGGUGAUGCUCUACAUCAACUGCAUCGUCAACGGGCACCCCGUCAAGGCCUUCGUUGACUCGGGGGCACAGAUGACCAUCAUGAGCCAGGCGGCUGCUGAGCGGUGUAACAUCAUGCGUCUGGUCGACCGGCGCUGGGCAGGUGUCGCCAAGGGGGUCGGCACGCAACGAAUCAUUGGCAGAGUGCACCUAGGUCAGAUCCAGAUCGAGAAAGAUUUUUUGCCGUCAUCUUUCUCCAUCCUGGAGGAGCAGCCGAUGGACAUGCUGCUGGGCCUGGACAUGCUGAAGAGACAUCAGUGCGUCAUCGACCUGAAGCGGGGCGUGCUCGUUCUGGGCUCGUCCGGCACCGAGACUCGGUUCCUCACCGAGUCGGAGCUGCCCGCCUGCGCCCGCCUCAACGGCGCCGAUGACGACUUUGACGACUUCGGCGGCGGCUCCGGCGGCGGCUCCGGCGGCUCCGGCGGCCCAGGGCCCUCCUCGCUGGCCCCCACCACCAGCGGAGGAGGAGGAGGAGGAGGGAGCGCGGCCUCGCGCCAAGCAUCCGCCUCCACGUCGCUCGCCCAGCGGCGCCUCCACGGGGAGAUCACGCCGGAGGAGCUGGCUGACCGGGAACUUGCAGAGGCCUUGCAGCGGUCGGCCAACGAAGCCGAGAACCAAAGACGAUGACGAACAGCACUAGCUGAGGGAGUGGAGCCUUCCGACUCUCGUUACACCAAUUCUCCCAGUGGUGAAGAGCGUGGCAGGGGAGCCACGGCAUGGAGAGCCGGGGGAGAGUUGGGUCACCAGGAGGCAGAGUUGGGUCACCGGGGGUCAGAGUUGAG